CGGAAGUGAGAGCACUGGCUGUCAAAACACAGCAGCAGUUUCUAGCUCCGAUCGGAUCGAAUUUUUCGUUCAGUCGCCUGUUGUUCUCACUAUACACACACAUAUAUAAAUAUAAUCUGUAACCUUCUGGCGUGAGCAUGAUCGCUGUAAAUAUUUUAUUCCUGAUAUUCGUCGCAUUUCAGCGCACAGAUCUGUUCGAGGCUGAAACAGUGCCUGCUAGCCAGAGCAGCUGUGAUGACUGCACCCAGAUAACGGAGCUCUUCAUGAGCAUGAUGUCCAAACGGGAUGCACAGGAGCUCCUGAAGACCUCCCUCACAGCCCUGUGUCAGGUCCAGUCUGGAGAGGAAGCCAGAAGCCCUUGUCUGGAGAAGGUGGAGAAGAACCUGCCCCUGGUCAUCCACAUUCUGACUCAGUCUGCUACGCCUGGCCAGGUCUGUGCAGUUCUAGGUCUGUGUGCCACCCAGGCAGGGGACUGGGAGCAGGAGCUGCUGACCAAUGAAAUUACUGAUGCUGGUGUCCCCAGGGAGGCCCCCCCACAAGGCACGAAUCCAGAGGUAGAGAUCAGCCCCCAGUGUACCUUCUGUGUUUUCAUCAUCAAAAAACUGGAAGAAAUGUUGCCUAAAAACCGGACUGAGGAUGCCAUAAUAAAGGCUCUGGAGGAGGUGUGUGGGCUCCUACCUGAAAACUACAAAGAGCAGUGUGAGAAUUUUGUGGACAAGUAUGGCAAGGAGGUGAUUGAGUUCCUGCUGUCGUCUGCUGCCCCUCAUACCAUCUGUACCCUGCUCCACCUGUGCCUGUUCGAGGAGAGGCCUGUCAUCGAGGAGACCUUUCCCUCAGACUGCGACUCCUGCCGGACACUGGCAGCCCUGACCCGAGCACAGCUGGGCACCAACUCCACCGAGUCCCAAACCUCGGCCUUCCUCAGCUCCUUCUGCCAGCAGUAUCCACACGCCAUCCCUAAGUGCAAGGUGUUCAUCCAACGGCAUGGACCAACGCUGCAGAAAGUUCUGGGCAAACAAGGAAGCACGCUGGAUAGCUGUGGGAAAGCAGACCUCUGUGUUACUGUGAAAGAGGUUGAGCUCCUGGGAAAGGACCACUGCACCUGGGGAAACAACUACAGGUGCAAAGAUGAGAAGACUGCACAAGAAUGUAAGAGUGUGGAAUUCUGUCAAAAAUAUGUGUGGAAGUAAACCCAGGAAGAGAGCAGCAGUGCUUGGAUGCUACACUUCCCAGUGAGGUCGCAUCUUGCACUGCAUGUUUUACACUAACCCGCUUCACUGUUCUGUCCCCUUGGGCAGUAGGUUGCAUUGUGACACUGUACUAAUAAUCAUAUUUAGCUAAAUGCAUGUUCAAAGGCAGAUGGUUUAAGAACCGCUAUUAACUUUAUUGGCAUUAUUGUUGCUGAGAAGGAAUCAUGAAUCCCUGUCACUAUGACUGUACACAUGUGUGUAAUUACUGUUAGUGACUUAGCCUUACAAUUGAUUGACAUAUGUGAGGCACAUCUUCAUUUUGUUGUUUACAUUACUGUAGUUACUGCAUUUUUACUACUGAGCGAAAUUAAUUUUGCACUUGUGAUUGAAGCCGUUUCAAAAUGUUAUAUAGA